AGUCUGACGACGCAGGUACCGUCGUCACCCAUCACCAUUCGAGCAAGCGGACGGUGGCAAUGCUGGGCUCUCUGCGCGCUCUGCGUGCGGUGCGUCUGUCGCUGCGGCAGACCCGGAGCUUGAGCGGUCUAUCAUGCGCACCUCUGCGUCGUCGCGCGCCGCUUCCUGCGAUACUGCCGCCAUUCCGGAGCCGCGAGUGGCUUUUUUUAACGCAACCACCUUCGUUGCGGUGGAUGUCAACGGCGUUGCCCAAUGCGACGGAUACAGCAACAACAAAGAAGAAGGAAGAGGAAGGUGGUGAUAAGACGAAGCAAAUUGAUGGAGAAGACGAAGAUGACGAGCCGUUCCUGACCAAGAUUGUGGAGCCCACGUACCCCACUCCAAAGCCUCGCACGGACAUCAACAAGGCGUACUUCCCAGGUAAAGUGUACCGCUCCACGUCGCGUGACGUGGUUUUUCGGGCUAUGGCAGGCAAUACGGCCAUCACGACGCUCAAGGUUCUGGCGUGGCUUAAGACCGGCUCGAGUGCCAUGCUCUCGGAGGCGAUUCACUCCCUGGUGGAUACUGGCAACCAAGCCAUUCUCAUCUUGGGCCUGAAACAAGCGUCAGGUGUGCCAGAUAAGAAGCAUCAGUAUGGAUACGGACGUGCUGCGUACUUUUGGUCGCUCAUUUCAGCGCUGGGAAUCUUCUGGUUAGGCUCCGGCGUGACUGUUUUCCAUGGUAUCCAGUCCAUCUUGGAGCCUCCGGAAGAGCUCUUCUUGUCGUGGGAGGUCUGGUGUGUGCUCGCAGCUUCUUUCAGUAUCGAUGGCUGGGUGUUGAAGCGGUCAGUGCAGGAGUUACUGGCCACAAAGCCAAAGAACAUGUCGUUUUACCAGCAUGUAAAGCGUACGAAAGAUCCGUUUAUGAUGGCUGUGUUGCUCGAGGACAUGGCAGCCUGUACGGGUGUUCUCAUGGCUGGGUGCGGCAUCGGAGCCAGCCACAUCACAGGCAAUCCGCUGUGGGAUAGCCUCGCAAGUAUUUCUAUCGGUGUGCUACUGGGCGGCGUCGCCGUGUCACUCAUCCGACUGAACCAGAAGUUUUUAUUGGGACAGUCAGUGGAGCCCGAGAUUGAGAAGGGAAUUCGUGAGUUGUUGCUGGCGCGUCCGUCUAUUGACAAUGUGUAUGCCGUCCAGUCGCAGUGGGUUGGUCCGUCGACGUUCAGCUACAAAGUACGACCACGACAGUAAUGUAGGCAGCUCCAUUCUCUGCUAUGAUGCUGACACAGGUGGUUAUUGAAUGUUUCAGGCUGAGGUCGACUUUGACGGCACGUAUCUGGCGGCGAAACUACUGCGAAUGUACAAGCCUGUCUUCUUAGAGACAAAAGAUCUGGAGAACGAUCUCCCACUCAUCUUGGCCUGGUACGCUGAGGAUGUAACCCGCCUGGUCGAGAAGGAAGUUCAGGAGGUUGAAGAGGUGAUCCGAGGCAUUUACCCUGAGGCUGCUUUCAUCGAGCUGGAGCCUGAUAGUAAGGAGUCGGAGAUGCGUGCAGUAUUAAGCAUGCAGACAAAGUCUUCCCGCACGAGCGAGCGUGAAGCGAUGACACGUGCGUUGGCUCUUCUUGCGCGGACAUUAGAGCGCAAGACGACGGAGUCUGAUCGCCCUGCAAGUAAUUAAAUCUCCCUAUCGAUAGUCAAAAACUUUUUUUGUAAGCGGAGCUUACACUGAAAGUGAGGCAGAGGCAGACAUCAACUCGAUAGAUGAAGCCGUUAGAAAACAACACUGUCAUUAGAUUUAAUCAUAUUCGGCUUUUAGGAAUAAAUUAUGCAGAUAUACUGAACGAAAAGCGGGCUACAUCAACGUACCCUGGGUCUUCUUAUGACGAAGAGGUUUCUCGCGUAUUCGA